AAUAAAAGUAGUUCUCAAUUUACGGUUCUACCCCUGGAAACCCUAGAAGACGUCCAACCCCGCUGCGCCGCUCCUCUUAUACAUGCUUCUAUCUCUCUUAUCUCUCACAAAAUCCCGCGAAAAUUUUCUGUCUUGCUGGGAAAUCCCAGAAAAUGGGGGAAAGAGGAGAAAAAGAGCCGAUAUUCAGGGACGUAAGGCGUUACUUCUGUGAUUACUGUGGACUUUGCAGGUCCAAGAAGGCUCUUAUUAGGGCACACAUGCUCUCCCAUCACAAGGAGGAGAUGGAAGGGCAAAAAGUUCAUAACAAUGAGGAAAAGGAGGGAGAGAAGUCCAAUGCGUGUGGAGAAUGUGGUGCAAGUUUCAAAAAACCAGCUUACUUGAAGCAACACAUGCAAAGUCAUUCUCUUGAGAGGCCAUUUACUUGUCCAGUAGAUGACUGCCAGUCUAGCUAUAGAAGAAAAGACCACUUGACCCGCCACCUUCUUCAGCACCAAGGGAAACUCUUCACAUGCCCUGUUGAGAAUUGCAAACGUAGAUUUGCUUUCCAAGGCAACAUGAAAAGGCACAUUAAGGAAUUUCAUGAUGAGGAGUCUCCCCCUAAUGAUGUUGGUUCCAAACAAUAUGUAUGCCCUGAACUUGGGUGUGGAAAGGUGUUCAAAUUUGCUUCAAAGUUGCAGAAGCAUGAGGAUUCUCAUGCUAAGCUGGACUCAGUGGAGGCAGUCUGUUUAGAACCAGGAUGUUUGAAACACUUCACUAAUGAACAAUGCCUCAAGGCUCAUCUCCAAUCCUGCCACCAACACAUUAUCUGUGAGAUAUGUGGCACCAAGCAGCUGAAGAAGAACAUCAAGAGGCACCUCAGGACACAUGAGUCAGUAUGUUCCUCUGAGAGAGUCAAAUGUCACUUUAAGGGUUGUCUUCACACGUUUUCAACUAAAUCAAAUCUUGAUCAACAUGUGAAGGCUGUGCAUCUUAAGCUCAGACCAUUUGUCUGUGGUAUUCCGGGUUGUGGCAUGAGAUUCCCAUUCAAGCAUGUGAGAGAUAACCACGAGAAAACUGGAUGCCACGUUUAUACCCAUGGGGAUUUUGAGGAGUUGGAUGAGCAAUUCAGGCUGAGGCCAAGGGGUGGCAGGAAGAGGAAGUCCCCACCUAUAGAAGCACUGCUGCGGAAGAGGGUGACUCCACCAAGUCAAUCAGAUUCUAUUUUGUGUCAAGGGCCUGAGUACCUUUCUUGGCUACUCUCAGAUGCUGAGGAUCAGCAGUGAGAGAGAUUCACACAAUUACCUUUACCGGUUUAGUAUGUUAGGUUAUAGAAGUGAAGCAAAAGAAAUGUAUGCAAUCCUCUUAUAAGCCAUUGUUUAUAUUCACAUUUUGGUCAGUCAGUUCAUGUUCGAUUAACAUAGAUAUCUGAGGGACACUCCUACCACGAGAUGCUUGGGACCCAAAUUUUGUCAUUAUGUAAAUUGUUAGAAUGGUAGAAACAAGAAAGCGGAUAAUGGUGAUACGCUUAAACAAAAA